AAAAUGGUGGUCUGCGAGUCGAAGUGUUGCGGCGGCGCUUGCAGCAAGAAUCGGGAGGAGCAGGAGACAGCAAGGAUAGGCCCAGGAGCAAUGGCGUCCAAAGAGGAACAAGCAGUAAAAAACCACAGCAUGGAAGAUGCCAACCAGGAGAAUGAAAAAAAAGAUGGAAAGGAUCAAGAUGCUAAUAAAAGAGAACCUAUGGCCCUCCUUUCGGGUGCUAGUGAAUAUUACUUACCUAGAGGAAAUCGUAGGCGGUUCCGUGUUAGGCAGCCCAUCCUGCAUUAUAGAUGGGACGUGACUCAGAGGCUUGGCGAGCCACAGGCAAGGAUGAGAGAAGAGAAUAUGGAAAGGAUUGGGGAGGAGGUGAGGCAGCUGAUGGAAAAGCUGAGGGAAAAGCAGUUGAGUCAUAGUCUUCGGGCAGUUAGCACUGACCCCCCUUACCAUGAGCAUCAUGAUGAGUUUUGCCUUAUGCCUUGAAUCCUGAUGUUUUCCCUGAAGUUAAGAGACACUUACUUCCUCAACUUAGAUGUUCUUGAGUUUCCUUUGUUGUAAACGUUUUGGUGUUAAACUUGUUUCUUGCGCGUUUCCUAUUACCAGAUUCUAAUUAAAUGUGUUUUUGACCCAAUCUGUAAUUUUCUGUCAGCAGGAAGGUUUUAACUGUUGC